AUGGAACGAGCCGGACAGUAUGGCCGGGUCUCGUACUGCCCGUACAGUGACUCCAGCUCGUCACUCCAGUCCUAUGUGCGACCGUUCGACACAGUGAGGGCGCUCCACGAGACCGUCGUCUCGCUGCGGACAGCUCUAGAGGAAUCUCGCCGGGAAGUGGACCAGCUGCGCCAGCAGAUCACCGUUCGGGACACGGUGGAACAGGGGCUGCGGCAGGCUGCGCCCGCCACUUUCAAUACGAAUACGGACGCAGCUACGGAAGCUGCACUUGGGGCCGACAUAAAAUGCAAAAGAUUAAAGAAACGUAAGACGAAACCGCAACCACCGCCCCCCGAAGACAGUUCAUCUCCACCGCCAACCAACGAGGAGGACAACGGGAGGGAACCGAAACCUGCCCCCGACACGGGUCGCUCGAAGCAAUCGUCCACGAAGGAUGCCAACACGACCCACCAGCAGAAGGUAUCCGUAGUUCCCGACAUACACAUCGUAUCGCACCCCGGCACGGGCACGCACUCGGCAAUGGCAUCGCGCAUCGACGUCAAGAUUAAGGUGUCGUCCAAUAUCAACAUUGACGGGAGCAGCUCCGAGGGCGAAUCUUCGGACGCGAAGGACACAAGAGAACCAGAACCAGAAAUAGUUGAGUCCCAGGAAGGCGAAGACUCGGUGGAUCGCACGCCCGAUGAGGACGAUGAGAAAACCUUGGCCGAGCGGGCAGAUCUCGGGGAGGAUGACGUCACCGUGCGCGAGGAAGUGGUCGGGAAGGGCGAAGGCAACCUGUACGUUAGCGUGACCACCGAGGAUCAGCUGAGUGUGCGGAAAAGUUCGGACCCAAUGGGCGUGACACAGGUUUCGUCGGAGAACCUGCACAUUGACGUCGACCGGCAGUCGAAUGCUUCCAUUUCCGAGGGCGACAACUCGGUGUUUGCCGAGGACCUGCCGCCACCGGCCACCGAUGGAGAGGAAGGAGAAGGGGUCCACGGUCGACCCGUGACCGGCAGCUAUACGGUGUCCGAUCUGUCGGACCAGCGGCGUAAGGUGAAGAAAAGCGACUCCGAGAACCAGGAAGAGGUUGACGACAUCGAGCUGAUCUUUUCGUCGGACGACAACGCUAAAGACAUCACGCAGGAGGACCUGGUGUCGAUAUCGGACUACGAGCCGUGGCACGAAGCGGGCCAAUCGGGCACACCGGUGCUGGUGAGCUUCGCCGAGAUGGGCUCGGACCAGGAUCGGAUCGGCGGUUCCCUCGAGCGCAGCGACAGUGAACCACCGGACGGUGGCUACGACGGGCUGGAGAAGGGCAAAAGUCUGGAGAGCCAGGAUUCGCUGAGUCUGGAGAAUAUGAAGAAAAGCCUGGACUUUAGCACAAAGUCUUCGAGCCUGGAGAAGGAAGGAGCGGACGGUAGUUCCACGCCGCUGCGCCAAGACGACAGCUUCGACAUCGGCGGACCGAGCUCGCUGAUGGCUGCCGGGGCCCUGGGGCGUCGCUGGACCAACUACAACGUACUGAUCGAGACGGACAUCUCGAAGUGUGGCAUCACCGAGGAAAACAUUCUGGAGAUGGGCCGCCGGAACACGUGCCCCAAUCCACCGGCCUACCGACCUAUCAUUCACCCGACUAGCCGUGUGCAACCUUCGGGAGCGACCAACCGGAGUCCGCUGGCGGUAAAGUUUUCGCGCUCGCCGAGAACCUACUCGCCGCACCAGUAUCUGCCGCCGGGCAAAACGCUCCGCACCGUCAUCGCGGCGGACAGUGGCGUGAAGGGUGCGUCCGGGGACGAGGUGAAACGGUCGCGGGCCGCCCAGACCGACAUCUCGGCCGUGGCGGCCCAGCAGUGGCGCUCCGAGACGCACCUCGCCGGCUCGGAGUACGUCCCGGGGCUCUAUACACUGCCGUCGAAGUUCGUCCCACCGCCGCCCGGUGGGAAAGGUAAAUUCCCGCUCAGACCGUCGGACAAAACGCAGGAGGCACGCCGUGUGCUGCUGAGUGAUAUUAACUUCACCAGCAUGGUCCCGGAGCUGUCCCGAUCGGCCGAUCAUCUCUGCCAGCAUCAGCAGGACGAGAACGGCGACCCGAACCGGUCGCCCAACUACUGCAAAGGAAACCUUCUACGAACACCGGAAGCCACCAAAGGGAUUCCACCCAGCUUCAGCAUGACCUCGCCCGGCGUCUCGCAGUGGACGGUCAACGAGAGCAGCAUCGCCACGCAAACGACCCAGACGGACGCCUUCUGGACCAACCGGGGCGAUUCGUUCGACUCGUGCAAAAGCUACUCGGCCAGUUCGCGGUACUCGACGCUCAGCAAGCACCACCGGUCCCGGAGUGUCCCGUCGAUGCGGUGCGCCAUCUGUCGCCAGAACCACCAGAACACGGCCCUGCGCCCGUCGGAGAGCAUGCACUACACGCCACGGGUCACGUUUCAGGACCAACCGUUGAUACACAAGAUUCGCGGUUCGUUGCCCGAUCUACGGCAUGACUGCAACUGUCCGCGGCGGUACGGUGGACCGUCGCUGUACCGCAUCCACGGCGAUUCCGGUGGCUCGACGGACAGUUUGCUGGAGGAGGCUGAAGAGUUUUUGCGCCGCUCGCUGGAAGGUGGCAACAUGCUGCUGAUGGAGGAUUCCCUCGAUGGCGGGGGCCAACCACCGACACCGGUUCCUACGACUCCGGCGGGUUUGUCGCACAGCGUGAUGCACGGCCACGCGGGACAUCCUCAUCAUCCGACGGCCAAACAUCGCCGCUGUUCCGAGAAUGACAUACAAAGAGAUUUCAUCCCUUCAAAGCACGCGCUGCCAUUUUUGCCCAAAACGGCCAAAUGUCUGAAGCCGGGCCACCUGGCCAAGGUUAUUUCACGAUCGGGGCGCAUCGUGGUGGGCCGCGUCCGGUAUAUCGGCCCGCUGGCCGGUGCCGAUUCCGAGGACAGUUUCGUCGGGCUGCAGCUUCCAAACAGUAUGGGCGAGUGUGACGGUACCAUCGAUGGGAAACGCUUCUUCGAGUGUGAGCCACUGCACGGUAUCUUUGUGCCGUUCAAAAAGGUCGUCAUGGCGUGGAAUUCAUAAAUUUGCCACCAGCGUCGUCGAGCUUUAAGGCUAAAUGAUGACAAAUGGUGGUGCCGUUGAUCGUGGAAGUGAACGCUGUGUGAUACAGGGAUAGGGGCGCGUGUGAUUGAUGGCUAACGCAAAGGAUUUGUCGAUUUUUGACUGGUCUGCGAAAAGGAAGACAAAACCACUUAAAGUAAGGGCGCUGCACUUUGGUUGGGUAGGAACCAUCCACUUGAAAACCGGAAUGUUUAGACAGACGGAGAAGGAUUUGGUUAGAACUCAAGGUUGGCGAUUGGACAUAAUUCGCGAGGCGCUGGUCACACAGAGGAACAGGAUUGUAGCAGCCGGUUGUCAGCAAGAAGAAGCUCAUUGUGGAUGUAGCUAUUCGUUAGCCAACUACUAUCCCCGUAGAGUAGAACUGGGACAGAGGAAGUCGCGAGGGGUUGGUCCCUCGAGACACCGUCGUUCGGAUCGAACGAAAGGCGCAACUUAUUUUUGAUAUCGGUGUAUGUAGAUCCUUUGUAGUGUGGACCCUCUUCCGCAGAGUUCUACUGUUGUUGUUAAUCGCUGUGUGAGUAUGUGUGUGUAUGUGUGUGUGUGUGUGAGAGAGCUUUCGAAACAAUACAGAAAGGUUUAGGAGGCAGGUUUCGACGGACCGAACCGUGGUCCAGCCAGCACAGGACACACGAUUUGUUAUGUACGGUUGUCAACUAUCUAGUCGUUUAGAGGAUAUACCCAGAGUCCCAUUCAUUGGGUCAAUGCCGUUCUCAGUGUAACCUGCGUGUAGUGCUAAAGAACUCUUUCUCUCUCUGUCUCCCUAGUGUAUAAGUGUUUAAACUGGUGCGAAUGAGAAAAAAUUAGGAGCAUUCGCCGUUGAGCGAAUGUUCCUCAUUAACAAAUUCUUCUCGAAUUAUCCUUUUCCUUAGCAGUAUUUUGCCAGUUAUUUUUUUCACUACAGUCGAUCGUGCCUCAGCAUAAUUUUACCUUAAACUUCACGUAUGAUAAUUGCAGUAAUGUACCUAAUGAUGCCUUUUCGUAGGUUUUGUUGCUUGGCAGCUUUUGCGACAAUCUAAGCAUGGUGUGUUGUGUUGUACAACGUGACAACUUCCAAACACGCCCAUUGUUUUUUACCAACACCCAGCCCAGUGGAGACGAUCAACGAUCAACUAGAUCAUACACACUAAAAUCUAGUCAAACCCGAGUUCUGACUGCGCACACACUGUUCUACCAAAGCAACCCGAAACUAUCCGCUUUUGUUGACCGCGAUUGCCGAUGGAGAAUAAUGCCCCCAAUCUAAAGCACUGUAACCCACCAAUAACACAGUAUAUUGUAAAAUAGUUACAAGUGUUUGAAACAAAUCCCGUCAACCAAGACCGGAAGAGAGAUGCCUCCGGAGCAUCCCCCAACAUUACGCACUAAUCCAGCAAAAGGAGCCCGCUUGAUCCGAUAUUCUUAUGAUGUAGACUCGUGACUUUGAAGGAAGAACCGAUAAAAAUAUGAUUGUUGAACAAUGUGUUAGCCUGUAAGAACCUGCAGCUAUCUUUCGACAUCUAUUUGGUAACCAUGCGUAGCGCCUGAUGCGCGCGCCAUACCCUAAUCCGUGUACCCGCGUAUACCCGUAAACAGUGUAACAAUACUAUUGAAACAUACAAUAAAGAAUACCGAGAUGGACAUUUAUU